AUGCACAACAAGGAGAAGCGUUAUGCGUGCGACGUGUGUGACAAGGCCUGGCAGUACCCGAGCGAGCUGGAGAUCCACCGGCGGGUGCACACGGGAGAACGUCCCUGCGACUGCUCGAAGUGCAGCAAGAGCUUCACCUGCUCUAGCAGCCUGCUGCGGCACAAACGCGUGCACUCCGGCGAGAGGCCCUUCACCUGUUCUGACUGCGGCAAGAGCUUCAAGACGGCGAAUGAGCUGAAGAUCCACCGGCAGGUGCACACGGACGAGAAGCCCUAUUGCUGCUCCACCUGUGGUAAGAGCUUUCCCCGGUUGUCAGAUUUGCGGGAUCACCAGCGGGUGCACAGCAGUGAGCGGCCCUUCACCUGCUCCGACUGCGGCAAAGGCUUCAAGUCGUCCACACACCUGAAGGAGCACAGGCGCCAGCACACCGGCGAGCGUCCCUACACCUGCGCCCAGUGCGGCAAGGGCUUCACCCACUCCGGUCACCUGCUGGUGCACCAGCGCUCCCACACUGGCGAGCGCCCCUACACCUGCGACCAGUGCGGCAAGGGCUUCACCUCAUCCAGCAACCUGAUGAAGCACCAGCGCAACCACACCGGCGAGCGUCCCUACACCUGCGCCAAGUGUGGCAAGGCCUUCACCCAGUCCUGUCACCUGCUGAUGCACCAGCGCAACCACACAGGGGAGCACCCCUACACCUGCGUCCAGUGCGGAAAGAGCUUUACCCAUUCAAGCACCCUGCUGAUGCACCAGCGCACACACACCGGCGAGCGUCCCUACACCUGCGCCAAGUGUCGCAAGGGCUUCACCCAGUCCAGUCACCUGCUGAAGCACCAGCGCACCCACAGUGGCAAGCGCCCCUUCACCUGCGCCCAGUGCGGCAAGGGCUUUACACAGUCCGGCACCCUGCUGGUGCACCAGCGCACACAUGCACGCGAGCGCUCCUUCACCUGCGCCCAGUGCGGCAAAGGCUUCACCCGCCCUUCCAAGCUGAUGUCCCACCAGCGGUUGCACACCGGCGCCUAUCCAGUCCCCAGCCCGGUGUGUAGAGAGCGCUUUACCAUGGCCUCCCAUGCCCUGUCUCACCAGCGCGAGCACACCAGUAGCCAGCCCUACGACUGCCCGUACUGCGGUGAGGAGUUUGACAGCUCGCGGGGGUUGCGGCAGCACCGGCGGACCCACGCCGGC